UUCGGUUUUUUAUGUAAAAUUUAUUAGUAAUUAAUGUUGUAUGACCAAUGGUAAUAUAUCUUUUAUUUUUCUAUUGGUUCAAUUGUGGUUAGGUAAAUAAUUAAUGAUGUUUUUGUUUAGAAAAUAUAAGAAAUUAAUGGUUUUUUUAAUCUACGUGCAUAGAUAUAAAACGACUUAUAUAAAAAAACAGAAGGAGUAGUACUUUGGUCAAUGGAGGGAACUAUUCGAAAUUAGUUUGGGGAAAUACAAAUAUAUAAUUGAAAAAAAAGUAUAUAACUGAAAGUUAACGUAUUCAUUGAAUCACUCGAAUCUCGUGUAGGGUCUCAGCAAGACAAAAUCUAAUUGAAUAAAGGGAGGAAAAAAAUUUUAAAAACGUAGGAGAGUUGACUUUCUAUCUAACGAGCUGAAGAAGAAAAAAAAAACAUGCGGUCCAUUUGGUCUUUCGUCUAAUGACUUUCUUUACAUACCAAUUUGUUUGGUGCAUACCAACUAAUCAUACGUUGCAACAUAGACCCGUCUCUCUCUGUUAGGGACACACUAACAAAAAUUAAGGACCUACUUAUAUUUUUAUAUUAUUUGUUUCAUUGCUGAAUUUUAUAACAUUAUAGGCAUAUUGUUAUAGCUACUAAUAUGAUCACGAUGAUCAUUUUAGGGUUAUUGCAAUUACCCGUGAUAUAAUUUAUUUCGAUGAUAUAAUAAAACGAAAUUUGAAAUACAUAUCAUAUAUGUUGGAAACACAAUUCAUUCUCAUUUGGAAACUUGCGUGCAAACUUCUUCUCUAUGCAAUAGUCUAGCUGAGUUUUAGAGUAAAUUGUUCGAAACAUUCAGUAAACUCUCUACAAUAAACUGAUAUAUCUCGACCGGCCAUCCCCAGUUAGCACAGCUCCCUGAAAAUUUGAUUAUGGCACAUCCCCAGUUAUCUCACUUUGUAGGUUGGUGACUUCCACUUCACAUUCCUUUAAUAUUUCAUUGUUUAAUGAUUGUUUUAUGUCUGUUUCUCUCUUUUAGUAUUGCGUACCAACUUUUCAACAAUGUAUCUUUGUUUUCAUACUGUCCUCCGAUUGAUGGAUGAUGUAUGUCUGUAAAAAAAAAAGGAAUAUCAUUGAUAUUAAGUUUUUAACCAAAAAUAAUGAUAAUCGUACAAUUUAACUUUCUUUUCAUUAAGACGGGCCUAUUGGAACUUUGGAAGUAUUACUGAAAAUGAUCUAUAUAUAACACUGUUAUAUAGUGUAGUAAUAUUUAAUUGUUGCAAAAUAAUUAUGGAUAUAUUUAAUCACAUCUUAGCCUCCUUAUAUAUAUAGCAUGUCACUGUCGAAAAAUUGCCGGGCAUGGGAGGAUUACUAUUUUUCAGAGCAGAAAAGUAAUAUUUUACUCUUAACGUUCACACCAAUCUCCAAUUCAGCACCCACGAUGUUGAAAAAGCGAUAUCAAACCAUAUGCAUGGUAUUACCGUUAAUUUCCUUUUACAAAAGUCAUGGUCCUACAGUGGAAUCUAUAUGCUAUUCACUUCACGUCUUCUUUUGGAAUCAGUCAGUGAAUAUAUUUUGUACAGAUAUUUUUCUUUAUACCGCACUCUUUAUUUGACGUUUGAUUUUAGUUUUUAUCAUACUGAUUAUUUAUUUAGUGUACGGGUUGCACACGCCAGAACAACUCGACAGUAUAUUGAAACUUCUAAAAACUUACACUGACUUCUGGAUUUUACAGUUAACGUAUUAUAAAUAUGCAUGCUAUGAAAGUUAAGCUUGGACAUACAUCAUAUUAAAAUACAACUUGUGGGUCAAAUUUAUAAAAUAAUUGAGUAUAGCUUCGGGGCAAAAAAAAUUUAAUCUGAUCAACUUUAAAAUGUUUAAUGGAAAACGAUCUCAUUAAUUAAUACCACAUAUCUAUAUCAAACCCUAAAAACGUCAAUUAGUAACUGUUUCAUAUAACGCUUUUGAAUUUAUCUAAAAUCUAUAUAUUUAAAGAAAUGUAUCACUUAAAAUUCGCUUACAAUUUAUUUGAACUUUAAGUAGAACAGUAGAGAAGUAAGCAAACAAAAAGGUCUUUUGCAACUUAUAUACUAAUAACUACAUGGAUUAUAAUUUAGUUAUGAAACACAUGGAUUAUAAUUUAGUUUCAACUUUUCGAAAACAUAUUAUGUGUUCCUUGCCUUUUUUGCAGUAAGUUGGUUAUUUGGUUGUUGAAAACUUAAUUAUAGCAUAUAUAAGUAGAGAAGUAAGCAAACUAAAGGACUUCUUCAUCAAAAGCCUAGGUGAGAGCAUCCACAGCGCCGGGUUCAUAUAAAUCCAUAACUGCAGCAUUAGAAUAAAAAAUUAAUAAAAGAGUGUGAUACUGGGAAAGAGCAGUCCGUAGAGAAGGGCUUAACGGAUCGAAUCCGUAAGGACGUGGCAGCUUCGUAUUGGACCGGUCGAAGAGUAAACGUGCACGAAGAAAAAAAAAUGAAAUUAUUCGCGUAGAAAAGAAAAAAAAAAAGGAAAAGGCGACGGUUUAUGCGAUUCGAUCUCCUCGAGCCAUCAAGGUAAAUCAAUGUCUUUCUACAACGAUUUGUGAUUUUUAUUAGGGUUCUUCUUCUUUAUGUUCUUGUGUAGGAAUCGGCUGUGAGAUUUGAAACGAUUUGGGAAAUUUUCCGUUUCUAAUUAGGGUUUGGUUUUCACUGGAAUUGAGGAUUUUUGGGUUCUUGUUGAUCGAUUUCUGUAUAUCUUCUUCUCUUUUUUUGAAAGAGUGAAUCUAUUAGGAUUUCUAAGCGAUUUGGGAGUAAAUAAUUUGGAUAACCGCAUGAUUAUCACUUCUCAACCUUUUAGGUUUGAUAUGUGUUCGCUUUCAUUGGGUUCGUAAUAUUUUAAAUUCCAAAUCACAGAGGUGAUUAUAUAAGCUAGUCUUCCUUUUGAUCUGAAUCUGAAAUGCCUUAACUUUGCUUGUCUUACGGAUACUUUGGAAGGUUCCUGUCACAUGAAUUGUUAAGAGGACAGACAAAGAGAUUAUAUGUUUUGCUAUAUCUAGCUGUUUGACUGUCUUCAUGCGCCUUAGUUAAUAUGUUUGGUUGAAUUAUCGUGUCUGACUGCUUAGAUGAUUGCUUCUUAUUCCAGAUGGGGAAUCCGCAAGAACCUCAUUUCUUGAAGCCUCUGCUUCCUGGUUUCCACAACGGCGUCGUAAACAUACUCUCUCUAUUUCUCCUACGUAUAUGUUCCCAUUUUGUGUGUUUGCUUAACUUUGCCAGUAUUGACUUGCAGACAAUACCACUAAGCUUCUUCUCACAGCACAUACAAGGGAAGACGAACGGGAAAAAAUGGAAACUAAGAUCAGACGCUUCUGAUCAAACUUGGAAAGUGAUACAAGAAGGCAGGCGACUCACCGAAGGUUGGAAAGAUUUCACGACAGCACAUGACCUUCGAAUCGGUGACAUUCUCAUCUUCAAACACGAAGGAGACAUGGUGUUUCAUGUCACUCCGUUUGGUCCGAGCUGUUGUGAGAUUCAGUUUACACAUCCUCACAGCAUCAAGGAAGAAGCCGACGUGGAUGAUACUCAUUCUUUCUCAUUCGACUACUGUUUUUUGGCUGAAGUCACUGCUUCAAAUAUACAUGAAGACAAACUGUACCUGCCUGUCGAAGCAACCACUUGUACUGCUUUGAACAAACAAUGCAAAGAGAUUAUACUUGUCAACAAAGAGGGCAAUUCAUGGACUGGGAGUUUGCGAUAUAGCGAAGCAGACGACAUGUAUUACAUAAGAAAAGGGUGGAAAAAGUUCUGUGAAGAAAACAAUUGCAACAUAGGAGACUUGUUUGUCUUCAAUGUGGUUAGAGAUAGGAACACAACUCCGUUGAUGUGUGUAUGUCCGGAAAGGAAAGAGUGCGCUGAACUACUCAUCAAACACUUGAGCAGAAUGAAUGGUGACAUUGCUUCUAGCUCACGGGUGAUUUAGGAGUGUUUCCUUUUCGUCUCUAUCAGAACUUGUUUCCUUUUCUUUCCUUUUGGUACUACUGCUUAUUGUAAACUUGAAUUUGGCUAUGUAUCUCGGAGAAGUUGUUUCCUUUUACCUUAAAACUUGUUUAUGUACUUUUCAAAACUUGUUUUUGUUAAACUCCAAGAAGUUCUUUUUAGUCCUCGGUUUUUUUCAUUCAUAA